AAUCUCUCUUGUUUUUGCGCGACAGUUCCUUUUAUUAAAGAUGUCGAUUUUUAUUCAACAUAGUAUAAACGUAUAUUAUUUUAUCUCUAGUCUUAGUUUAUUAAGUUUGAUAUCGAUUGGUAUCCUUGCAUUAAUUUUUUUUGGAGUUUAUAUUUGGUAUCUAAGUAAUAGAAAUAAGGGAAAAAAUCCAUUUUCAAAAGAAUGUAUUAGGCCUCACUCAGCACUAGUAGUUGAAAAAGAAAAGCGCAAGGCGGUCCUAAAACAGAAAUUUUUCUCUUCGAGCAUUCCUCCGGAACUAGAUGCUAUUAUCAUAGGAAGUGGUAUUGGAGGUUUGUCUUGUGCAGCCUUACUUGCUAAAGCUGGUAAAAAAGUGUUGGUACUUGAGCAGCAUGAUCAAGCAGGAGGUUGUUGUCAUACAUUUAUUAAAAAAGGGUUUGAGUUUGAUGUUGGUAUCCAUUAUGUUGGUGAAGUUGGAGGAGAUACUUUGACGAAAGUCUAUAUUGAUCAAAUCACAGAUGGACAACUUAAGUGGGCUCCUGUUAAUGAUGUUAUUGAUUUUGUAGAGUUUAAUCAAAUAAAUGGUAAAAGAACAACACACAGGAUUCUCAAAGGCAGUGCAUGGAAAAAAGAAUUAAUGCAAUCUUUUCCAAAUGAACAUGACGCCAUCAAUAAGUAUUUUGAUGCAAUGAAGAAAGCAAGGCAGAUAUUUUCACAAACCUUUGUUCUUAAAAUGUUACCUAUUUGGAUUGUCAUGAUUUUAAUUAAGACUGGCAUAUUUCAGUUAUUGUCCCAUCUUCCUAAUUUCUGUUCAAAGUCACUAAAUGUAUUUUUAAGUGAACUUACAAGUAAUGCUGAACUGAAAGCAGUGUUGUCUUAUUCAUUUGGAGAUUAUGGAACCCAACCACGUGAAAGCCCAAUGAUAAUGCAAUUAAUUUUAAUGCAACACUACAUGUAUGGUGGAUAUUACCCUGUUGGCGGAGCAAGUGAAAUUGCUUUUAACAUUAUUCCAGUUAUUGAGAAAACAGGUGGCAAAGUACUUACUAAGGCUAGUGUUGUAGGUUUUGUAAUUGAAGAUGGAAGAGUUACAGGUGUUAAAAUUGACGGGAAAAGUGAACCAAUACACGCUCCAGUUAUUGUAUCGGCAAUCGGAUUUAUUAACACUUUUUCAAUAUUGCCAGAAAAUUAUAAAAUUGGUUUUACUGACGUUUUACGAAAGGUAAAAAGUGGUCAUGGUGCUAUAUCUAUCUUUGUCGGAUUGGACGGCUCAAAUGAGGAGUUAAAUCUUCAAGCAACAAAUACUUGGGCGUUUACAAACACAGAUUUUGAUAAAUCUCUUGACGAAUACCUCGCACUUCCUAAGGAGCAGGCUGGUCUAAAAGAUAUUCCAUUGCUAUUUAUAUCUUUUCCCUCUUCAAAAGAUCCAUCUUGGAACGAAAGAUACCCGGGAAAGUCUAAUUGCACUAUAGUUACUCUUGCAAAUUGGGAGUGGUUCGGACAAUGGGAAAAUGAAAAGAAAAAAAAAAGAGGCAAGGAGUAUGAAGAAAUUAAAACGCGUAUUGCGGAGCGUUGUUGGGAACAAACGCUAUUAUAUUACCCACAAUUGCGUAAUAGGAGAGUUUAUUUUGAAGUUGGAACGCCAGUAACAAAUAAGUAUUAUCUCGGGUCAAAUAAGGGGGAAAUUUACGGUUUGGAUCACUCUCUUGAUAGGUUUGAUCCCGAAAUAAUUGCAAAACUUCGACCUUGUACUAAGAUUCCUGGUUUAUUUUUGACUGGUCAAGAUAUAACUACAGCGGGUUUUGCGGGAGCUCUUUACAGUGGUUUGUUAACUGCGUCUGCAGUUCUUAAUCGAAAUCUAGCAAAUGAUUUAGUCAAAAUUAAAAAGGAAAUAAGAAACUCUUCGAAAAAAAGUAUUUAAAAUUUUAGAUUUUUUGAAAACUUCUUAAGAACCACCUGAGAUUUUGUUGUAGCUCCAUACAGUCUACAAUUAAAGCAACAUCGUAACUACCUGUAACAUUUAAAGCAACAUUGUAACUACCUGUAACAUUUAAAGCAACAUGGUAACUACCUGUGAAUUGAAAGAGACAAAAAUCAAGAUAAAAAUAUUUUCAGAUUGUGGUUAUCAAAUAUUAGUAACGUAUUUAAAGGUUUAUAAACGUAUUUAUUAUUUAACGUAUUAUUUGUAUAUUUAGCACGUUUUUUAUUUAUUUUUAUCUUUGUAAAACAUUAGAACACAUGGUUAAAUUACAAAAUUUUUGCAACGUAUGUAUGUA